AGAGGAAACAGACGUUGUUCCUCUCCCCACAGAGAUGGUUGGUGGGCGCCUGAGCUGCUGCUUUACAUACAUUUCUGUGCUACUUCUUGGGGUUUGCCUCUGUGAUGUGGAGGCUUCCAGCUGUCAAACUGUCUUCCAUAAGAAGGUUGGAGACACUGUACAGUUGUCGUCAUGCUUACCACCUGAAGGGGUCGUCAUGGCAAAGUGGAAAUAUGGAGAGUCACUUAUUGCAGACACAGCGGGUGGAUUUGUAAAUCCUGAUUUCAAAGACAGAUCAUCUUUAAACCCCACAGACUUCAGUUUAACACUGAGAGGACUGACUCUCCAAGAUUCUGGUGAUUUCUAUUUCCUCUCAGCAGUGAAUAACAAACAAAGGGAAAUAGUAAACAUCAUCCUGCAAGUUCAUGAGCCCAUAACUGAAGAGCCCGUCGUCUUUUCCAACUCCACCUGGCACACCUCCAACGAAUCCUGUACAGUUUUGCUGGUGUGCACUGCAGCCGCUGACAGCAGUGUCAGCUACAAGUGGACCGGGAGGAACCGAACCAGAAGUGGCUCCAGGCAGCAGUUACACAUCACACCUCAGGACGGAGACACCAAGUUCACCUGCACAAUUUCUAAUGUUGUCAGUGAGAAGUCUGCGUUGGUAACAGUGAAGUGCAACAACUUUACGUCCAACACACCAGAAACAGGUCGAGACGUUAUCAUCCUGAGCGUGGCAGCUGGAGGUUGUCUGUUGAUUGUCUUUAUAGUUGGAGUAGCUGUGUAUGUUUAUCGCCACCAACAAAGUCAAGCAGCAGGUAUUGACUCCAAUGACCUCACCGUGUAUGCUGAUAUCGCUGAUGUUGCAAUUGGGGAUGGGACUUCAUCUACCAUGAAGUCAUGCACACUGUAUGAAACCAUUGAGAACAGAGUUGACACAGUCACACCUGCGCCCCAGACUAUCUACGACAAGGAUCCAGUUCAGUCGCAUGAGGAAGGCAUCGGUGUCGCCCUACCAGGACAUUUCCUAGAGGCUCACGCAGCAUGACGUCCAUGAUAGAAGACCAUGAUACUUGCUCAGAGCAACAUUUGGGAAAGGUCCAGCCCGAAAUAUUUAAGGCUAAAAUGAUGAACGGAACAUUUAACACUUUUCAUAAAAUAAGGCGUAUUUUCUAUUAACCUUUAUCAAAUGUUAAAAAACUCAAUUGUCCAUUAUACCUUAAGGGCCAAUUUGUAUUAAGUGUUGUAAACUUUGUAAAUACAGAGAUUAUAUUUGUAUUAGUACAGUAAUAUGUUCUUAAAAUGAGAUUCAGUCUGUGUAAAGCUGUUCGUAUUAAAUAACAUUUACAGUCA